AUGUGGUGUUUUACCAAAAUAACUGAAACCCUAUCUUUAAAAGCCACUCAAGAGCACCAUUGUUCCUCAGGCCUGCAAGCAAAUUACACAAUAAACACACAUUUGCUUCAUCACCACACCCGCGGGUCUCCAAAACAAAGUCACAUUUUAUUCAUCAUGGACAUGAGGAAGGUCACCUGCGCUGUUCUCAUCGCCGCUGCCUCUGUCAGUGCCGCCAUGGCCACCGCCGAGGUUGCUGCCCCCGCCCCUGGCCCUAGCAGUGGAGCCUCAGCUGCCUUGCCCCUUGUUGGCUCCUUGGUUGGUGCCUCUGUCUUCUCUUUCUUUGCCUUGUUCCACUAA